AUGGAGCAGCUGAUGGGCAAACGAAUCAUCGUUUCCAUUGAUUAUUGGCCGAGAAAUUCCAGAUAUCCAAUUGGCCAUUAUGUGCGAACGCUUGGCCAGAUUGGUGAUAGGGAGACCGAAAAUGAAGUGUUAUUACUGGAGCACGAUAUACCGCAUGAUGACUUCUCCGAGGCAGUGCUCAAAUGUUUACCGCAAAUGCCAUGGCAGCAACCCGAACAAUCGCAUCGUGUUGAUUUACGAUCGCUAAACAUUUGUUCGGUGGAUCCACCGGGCUGUACUGAUAUCGACGACGCACUUCAUUGCACGCAAAUAUCACCGGAUUUAUACGAGGUUGGUGUACAUAUAGCGGAUGUAACGCAUUUCGUACGGCCAGGAACGGCAAUUGAUCAAGAGGCGAGGCACCGAGGUACAACCGUGUAUCUGUGUGAUAGACGAAUCGAUAUGUUACCUGAACUGCUGUCCGGUAAUUUGUGUUCACUACGCGAAAACGAAGAACGAUUCGCAUUCUCAGUGAUAUGGCAGCUGAAUGCGGACGCCGAUAUAAUCAAAGUGAAAUUUCACAAGUCAAUAAUUGAAUCUAAAGCUGCGCUCACCUAUGAGAUGGCGCAGAAACGAAUUGAUGAUAAGUCUCUGAAUGAUGAGGUAACGAAGAGUCUACGCAAUUUGAUGGCUCUAUCGAGGAAGUUGAAAGCGAAACGGAUGGCGAAAGGUGCUCUAACUUUGGCAUCAUCCGAGAUUCGUUUCAAUAUUGAUUCAGAAACGAGAGAUCCAAUCAAUGUACAAGAGAAAAUGCCACUCGAAACGAACAGUCUGGUUGAAGAGUUUAUGUUACUUGCGAAUAUAUCCGUUGCCGAGAAGAUAACCAAUGACUAUCCGGAUUGUGCGCUGUUGAGAAGACAUCCAGUGCCGAACGACGACAGCUAUAAGCCGUUGGUUGAGGCUGCUCGGUCGCGUGGCUUCACGAUAAAUGUGAGCAGUGGAAAAGCGUUAUCGGAGAGCUUGAACAAUGCGAUUGAUAAGAAGAAUGCAAUGUUGAAUACUUUGCUGAGAAUGAUCACCACACGCUGUAUGACACAAGCGGUUUAUUUCUCUUCAGGUUCAUUACCAAUGGAGCAAUAUAUACAUUUCGGUCUGGCCGCACCAAUCUAUACACAUUUCACGUCACCAAUUCGUCGAUAUGCCGACGUGAUGGUGCAUCGUUUGCUGGCCGUCUCAAUCGGUGCAGAUUCAUCUUAUCCGAAUAUGCUGAAUGGCGAUUUGGUCCAAAAAAUCUCAUUGAAUCUGAAUUACAGACAUAAACAAGCACAGUAUGCGAGCAGAGCAUCGAUAUUGUUGAAUACACUUCUUUACUUCAAAGGACGUGCUGAAAUUCAUGAUGGCUUCAUUAUGGGAAUACGUAAAAAUGGUAUUCAGGUAUUCGUGCCGAAAUAUGGGCUGGAAUCGGUGGUUGUAUUUCCGGAAGGGUCGGACUAUGAAAUAACAGAUGAAUAUUUCAAGGCGAACAAUACACGAGUUGAUUUGUUCGCGAGAGUUACCGUUGAAAUAUCGCUGAAUGAAUCUAAUUUACAACACAUUCGCUUGCAAAUGAAACUCGUAAAACCAAAAAUUGACGGCUUCAGUGUGGAUUAUAUCUUAUCUGCACCAGAGGAAUGA